AUGCCCAAACAAAAAGUCCUCCACCUCGGCGCCCCCAUAAAAUACAACCCGGACGUGUACGCCCGCUUCAGCUCCACCUUCGAGAUCAUCCAGCCCAACCCCUCCGAGCUACCUCGAGAAGAGUUCAAGCGCGCCCUGCAAGAGCGCCGAUGGGGCGACUUUCACGCCGUGUUUCGUCCGUUCUGGAAUACUGGCGGCGAGAUGGGGAAUUGGGAUCAGGAGUUGAUUGAUCUUCUUCCUGGCAGUGUGAAGGUUAUGGCAAGUGCGGGGGCUGGGUAUGAUUGGGUUGAUGUGAAGGGGUUGGCGAAGAGGGGAAUAACAUACUGCAACGGUGCCUCCGCCUCAUCCGACUCCGUCUCCGACAUGGCCCUAAUCCUCAUCCUCUCGACAUUCCGCAACCUCCGCUGGUCCCAUUCCGCCGCCCACUCCCUCUCCCCAACCGCCUUCGCCGACGCCCACAAAAACUCCCCUCUGCAAUCCUACAACCCGCGCGCUCGCACCCUGGGGAUAAUCGGCCUGGGCGCCAUCGGAUACGCAAUCGCCAAAAAGGCCCACGCAGCAUUCAACAUGUCCAUCCUAUACCACGACAUCAUCCGAAAGACGCCCUCCAUCGAAUCAAGCAUCGGCGCCCGGUUCUUCGACAACUUAGAUGCGAUGUUGGGGGCGUCGGAUUGCGUGAUCGUGGCGACGCCGUUUGCGGGAGAGACGUUGAUGACUCGCGAACGGUUCUCCGCGUUCAAGAAGGGCGGACGGUUUGUGAAUAUUGCGCGCGGGUCGUUGGUCGAUGAGGAUGCUUUGGUUGAGGUAUUGGAGGAGGGACAGCUUAGUGCGGCGGGGUUGGAUGUGCAUGCGAAUGAACCGUAUGUGCAUCCGCGGUUGGCGGGUAAUCAGCGCGUGUUUAUGGUCAGUCAUAAUGCGGGGGGAACGGUGGAUACGCAUGUGGGCUUUGAGAGGUUGGCGAUGGAGAAUAUCGAGGCGUUUUUUAAGACGGGGAAGGCGUUGACGCCGGUGAAUGCGCAUUUGGUGGAGCAGGCGAAGACGCAGCAGGUUAAGAGCGUUUUGUAG